AUGUUAGCAACAACUUCACCAAACUCGUUAGUCAUGAACCCAACUUCAAUGUUAGUAGAAAUGAAAAGCUUCAUUCCUUCUUCAUAUACUUUCGAAACAGAAAUCCAGAAGAUAAAGCAAGAACUUCUCCAAGGAGAUUUAGAUUGCACUGCAAAAGAUGAAACAAAUGAAGAAUAUCUUUAUGAAAUGCAGGAUAUUAUUGACCAUCUACCUAAACUUCCUGAAAUACAACAACAAAAGCUUACUAUUCCAGAAUUCGAUGAAAUAGAAGUCAAAGCAACUGACUCAGUAGAAAUAAAGAAGUUCAUACGUAAGGUUAACUAUGAGUUUCUUGGAUUUCAUUGCAACCACAAAGUCAUGGACAAAGACUGCGAUAUGGUAUAUAAGAAUGUUUCUGACAUAUAUAAAUCUGAAGAAUUUAAGACCUACGACAACUUUGUUUCGUUAGUUGCUGAAUGUGUAUGGCAGAUAAGAGAUAAAGAUAAAAGAGGUAAGGUAUGGAAUGAACAAAUAAAACCCGCAACUUUUGAGUUAAAGAAAACCAUUGACGCUAUAGUUGUUUUAGCAGGUAAGGUUUCAGAAUAUAACGCAAAAA